AUGGAACCUCUCACAACCCCCAACCCGGAGAAAUAUUCAAAGGCGGUGGGUUUAUCUUUUAAGGCUUCGAAUGCCAAUGGGAAGAUUUGGAUUUUUGUGGAGGAAGGGGCUGAUUUUGAGGUUGAGGACGAUUCGGAUCAGGUGCUCCAUGGGCGGUUCAUGUGCCCUCGUCUUCCAUGCCCCAUCUUGGUCUCGGCCGUGUAUGCAAAGUGUUCUAGAGGGGAACGGAUUCCUCUUUGGGACAAAAUGAGAGAAAUAUCAACUACCGCCGAGGGGAUGCCUUGGUCCAUUGGAGGGGAUUUCAAUACCAUUCUUUCCAUUCGAGACAGGUCGGGUAGCGACACCAAUCGGCAAGCAGAGAUGAUCGACUUCUCCGAGGCCAUUGAAGGCUGCCGGCUGCUCGAUCCAGGAUGUGAUGGCUCGGACUACACGUGGGCAAAGAAUGGCCUUUUUGAGAGGCUAGAUAGGGUCCUUCUAAGCGAAUCAUGGACCCAGAUAUUUGAGAGUGCGAGGGUCACGAAUCUUCCACGGGUCGCCUCGGACCAUGGCCCAGUGCUGGUGCAGUGCAGGUUGCCGAGUGUGCAUACCGGGGGCAGACCCUUCCGAUUCCAAAAUAUGUGGACCCGGCAUGCGGGAUUUAUCGAUCUGGUGCGUGAGGAUUGGGAUAGACCAACGGAGGCGGAGGGACUCCUUAACCCCCAAAUCAAACUCGCCCGCGUCAAGAAAGCCCUUAAGAGUUGGAAUAAAGAGGUUUUUGGCAAUAUUCACUCAAACAUCCGAGACAUGGAAGGGAGGAUUGUGAGUGCCCAAGCUGAUUUUGAGGAGAGGCCUACACCCGAGAAUAGAACGGAUAUCAACAAAAGCAUUGCCGAGUACAUUUGCCUCCUAAGAAUGGAGGAAGACUUUUGGCGCCAAAAGGCCAUGCUUCGAUGGCUUGCGGAGGGGGACAAGAACACGAGAUUCUAUCAAAGUUGGGUCAAGCAAAACGGAUUCGAAUGCGCAUCCAUAAGAUUAAUGUUGGGGGGCGUGAACUAUCGGAUGACGUAG